AUGGACAGCUAUCAACCCGAAUAUGACAAGAACGGAGUAUUGUCUGAUACAUUUUGGAAGACUCCACAGCGUGCGAUCCCGGGCAGGCCUUUACAAACGGUCAAACGGACCGAGGUUAUGUCUGGGUCAUCGUAUCAACAAUUUCAGGCGUCUGUGAACGACGCCUGGGACCUGGGCGACGACGAUAUCAUAUCUGGAAUCGCUGAAACUAAAAUAUCGAAGGCCAUAUCACAAACUGCUGCUUUGAACGUGAUAAAUUCGCAUAGAAAUAGUAGUAGGAACGUAAACAAAAAUGACGUAAAAGUUGAGAGUGAGAUUGUGAAGCCUAAGGCUGAGGCGGUGGAAGUGAAGAAAAAUGAAGUGCGGAAGUUGGGUGCAGGGGGUUCGGGGCCGAUGCGGCACUACCCUGGGAGACCGCGGCCGGUGAGACUGUCGGCGUUGACUUCUCGCGAGGAGAGUAGUGAAUCCAAGUUGGAGAGGUUCCAGCAGAUGCACGAUAGCGCCGUCAUAGACCUGAAUGAACUCAAACAGAUCAGUUGGUCUGGCAUUCCAGUAAAAGCCAGAGCUAUAACAUGGCGGCUUCUCGCCGGUUACCUGCCUCCCAACGCAGAGCGGCGAGCGGAGACCCUGGAGAGAAAGAGAGCGGACUAUAAGCAUCUAGUACGGCAAUACUAUGAUGCAGAGCGAGACGACGAUACUUACAGACAGAUUCACAUAGAUAUACCUCGGAUGAGCCCACUUGUGGCUCUCUUCCAACAGAUUACUGUGCAGGUGAUGUUCGAACGAAUCCUGUACAUCUGGGCGAUUAGGCAUCCAGCAUCAGGCUACGUGCAAGGCAUUAACGACCUGGUGACUCCAUUCUUCAUGGUCUUCCUGCAAGAGGCAGCUCCUGGCCAGGAGUUGGACAACUUUCCCCUGGACAAACUGACUGAGGAACAGAGGGACAUUAUAGAAGCUGACUCCUUCUGGUGUCUCUCCAAGUUCCUCGACAGCAUCCAGGAUAAUUACAUUUUUGCUCAACUUGGUAUUCAAUAUAAGGUGAACCAACUGAAAGAGCUGAUACGUCGCAUAGACCUUCCGCUACACGAGCACCUGCAGACCCACGGCGUCGACUACCUGCAGUUCUCAUUCAGGUGGAUGAACAACCUCCUUACCAGGGAAAUACCACUUCCUUGCACCAUUCGUCUUUGGGACACCUACCUCGCAGAGUCUGACGGGUUCGCGACCUUCCAACUAUACGUUUGCGCCGCCUUCCUCCUUCAUUGGAGAGAGAGGCUCAUGCUAGAAAGAGACUUCCAAGGCCUCAUGAUACUCCUACAGAACGUCCCCACACAAAACUGGACCGACUCUAACAUUAGUGUGCUGGUGGCUGAAGCUUACAGGCUCAAGUUCGCGUUCGCGGACGCACCGAACCAUUUACACAACGCCGGCAAGUCGGACAGAUGA